AUGCUCCGAGCCAAGCGUCAAAACACCCAGCCUCUCGAGGAUGCCUCCGUGGCCCCCGCAACUUUCACCGACGGCCUCCCCCUUCCCAAAUUGAUCGCAUUCGACCUGGACUACACCCUAUGGCCCUUUUGGGUUGACACACAUGUCAGCGGGCCUGUCAAGGCGCGCGACAACAAUUCGCGCGUCGUGGACAAGUGGGGUGAAUCUUUCGCUUUCUACCCCGCGGUCUCUUCGAUCAUCCAGGCCUGCAAGAGCCGCGCUAUCCCUCUGGCCGUCGCGUCUCGAACCCACGACCCAGAUCUGGCGCGCGACUUUCUGAAGGCCCUCCAUGUUAUCCCCUCGUUCUCGGACAAACCGGCCGCCAACACGAAAACUAGUCGCGCGCUGGAAUACUUCGACUAUCUGCAGAUUUUCCCUGCGAACAAGACCCAACAUUUUGCGCAGAUUCAGGGAGCGAGUAAAAUCGCAUACGAAGAUAUGCUUUUCUUCGAUGAUGAGGCGCGGAACCGGAAUGUCGAGACCGAGCUGGGUGUUACAUUCUGUUUGGUUCGCGAUGGAAUGAAGCUAGACGUGGUGGACCGUGGAGUUUGGGCAUGGAGAAAGCGAAAUGGCAUCAAGAAGAAUACCGAAGAGACACUGCCCAAUUGA